AGAAAAACGUACGCUCCCUCCCCCAAUUUUCUUGUUCGGUUGGUGGGCAUACUCGUAUACUAGCUGGACGGACAAGUGCAUCUUCUGUUUUCGUCUUCCUCUUCUCCUCCAUCGGUCUUAACAUUUUGGGUUUGGCCUGAAGCAAAGCAAGCCAAUGGCUUCUUCUGUUUCUUCCUACUUUUACUACUACACAUCUCCUCCUUCACUCUCUUCAUCAUCUUCGCGACCUCUCUCCCUUUCUUCUAACCCUAACAACCUCUCUUCUUCACCUUCUCGCUUUCGACACCUCUCCUUUCAGCCCAAGAAAGGUAUUAGGGUUCCAAACUCCCCUCCCCGCCUCAGAGUCCUCUGUCUCCGUGAACCCAAAGCUGCAGUGGUCACCGGUAAGUCGUGGGACAAAUUGAUUUUGAACAGUGAUAUGCCGGUCCUUGUUGAAUUCCAUGCUAGCUGGUGUGGGCCAUGCAGGAUGGUUCACCGGGUGAUUGAUGAGCUUGCAACAGAGUUUGCUGGGAGACUAGAAUGCUUUGUACUCCACGCGGACAAUGACCAGGAAGUUGCCGAGAACUAUGACAUUAAAGCUGUGCCAGUGGUUAUGCUGUUUAAGAAUGGAGAGAGACGUGAAUCUGUGGUUGGUACCAUGCCCAAGGAGUUCUACGUGGCUGCCAUUGAGAGGGUCCUAGCUUCAUAGUUGUGCCUAAAUUCACAAGAAGAAAUCCAGGAUAGUUGUUCAAAAUUUUCUGAUAUGAUUACCUACCAUCAAGUGAUUUUUGAAUUGUUCUUUCGAAAAGUAGUUUGUAAAUUUUUCACACGUGCUUCUUAGUUACUAGAAUAGGUGAUGAACUGCUAGAACCGUGCAUUCUUCUUCUUUACAGCUGAAACCUGUGACAGUACAUAAUUUGAAUUGUUGGGCCUUUUUUUUCUAUGAUGAUUCUGGGUUGUUGGUUUGUGACCA